CACGGAAGUAACGUAAGGAUGAGCAAUGGAAGACGAUGUGAGUGUCCCAACCAAGAUCGCAGACGAAGUCAGCAGCCAUUUACACUGUCCUAUUUGUAAGACGCUGUACAGGGACCCCGUUAUCAACAUUCGAUGUGGGCACACGUUCUGCAGGAAAUGUGCCUUUUCCACAACCCACUGCCCGGUAGACAACGCGCACUGUGACACCAGUCAGCUGGUCAUCAACAGACUUGUGGUAGGCCAGAUUGAUGACCUGCUGAUCUUCUGCCGCUACGGACUGAUCAAAGAUGGGGAUGCCUGGCAAGAAGAUCCUAGUGGAUGCACAGAGAAGAUUCAGUUUGGAAAGCGUCAGGAACAUGAAACAGAUUGCCUGUUUGCCAUAGUCCGCUGUCCAAACGCUGAAGAAUGUGGGACGUUCCGUCGCAGUGAGCUCCAGCGCCAUCUUCAACAGUGCACCUUUACUCCAUGUAUACACAAGCCUGCAGGAUGUGAGUUUACUGGGACACUGGUCAGUGUGGAGGAGCAUAUCCGGUCAUGUGGGUACCAGGACUCCAAGUCUGUUGGACCAGAGGUCAUCCAGAAGAUGGUGAAUCUACAACAAACCAAUCAGAAGCUAGAACAGCAGGUGUCCACUUUAACGAAGCGUGUUGUUGACCUUGAGUCGGUGCGAGAUGACAUGGCCUCCCAGCUCAGCACAUGCAACAGUUGUAUCCAGACUCUUCAACAGAAGUACAAUGACCUUCAUGCGACCGUGGAGUCCAUGCUCAACACUCGGAGGCCUGUCUCGUAUGGCUCACAGUUAUCGCUGGCGGAGUCCACUACAGGUGUACAAAGACGCAGGACGUCGUCCCCCGGUAGCCCUAAUGGUGUUGUCAAGUAUGAGAGGUGGGAGAUGCCGUUCCAGUUCAAGUGCAUAGGAACACUCAGGGGCCAUCAGGAUGUGGUGUGGUGUCUGACGGCCUACAAAGGUCGGCUGUACAGUUCGGGAGCAGACGGUCAGAUUAAGGUGUGGGACCUGGAGCAGCUGGCUAGAGGCUGUAUACAGACACUCAGUGGACACACAGCAACUGUCUACUGUUCGUCAGUCAGUGAUGGGUGUUUGUAUACGGCUGGAGACGACCACACUAUCUGUGUCUGGGACACUGAGAGUGGAGGCAGCGUGAAGACACUGGAGAAUGCCCAUGACAACAUCAUCUGUGCAAUGACUACUACCAAAGAAUACCUGUUUACGUCGUCAUUCUCUCUUAUCAAGGUUUGGGAACUGAAGACUCUAGCCUUGAAACAAGUCUUGUCUGGCCUCCACCACUGGGUCCGAGCUCUGGCCUUCAGCUAUAAGAAGGACAAGCUGUACAGUGGGUCUCACAAUGCCAUCAAUGUCUGGGACUGCACAGACUCCUUUGCAGCACUGGGCACCAUCGAGCACGAGUUCGGAUCAGUCCACUCCCUGGCUGUCACACAGACUUACAUCAUCGCAGGUAAUGCAGGAACAUACAACCAGAAUAUUCAGUUAUUUGAUGCUACCACUCAUAAACAUGUGACCAACUUAUGCGGCCAUAUUGGAACUGUGACAUCACUAGCUGUGCCGCCAUCAGGUCGCUUCCUGUUUUCUGGGUCACAUGACAGUAAUGUGCAGUUGUGGAGUUUGGAGAAAAUGCUGCCAAUCCAGACUCUAUCCCGCCACCAGGCCAGUGUGAACUCAUUGACGCUGUACGGCAACAUCCUGCUGUCUGGGUCAGAAGAUCAUGAAAUAAAGGUCUUCAGAUAUUUCCAGCUACAGCAUGGACAGUUCUAGCUGGAUCAGAAGAUCAUGAAAUAAAGAUCUUUAGAUAUAACAUGGACAGUUCUAACUGGAUCAGAAGACCAUGAAAAAUAAAGGUCUUCAGAUAUAACAUGGACAGUUCUAACUGGAUCAGAAGACCAUGAAAAAUAAAGGUCUUCAGAUAUAACAUGGACAGUUCUAACUGGAUCAGAAGACCAUGACAAAUAAAGGUCUUCAGAUAUAACAUGGACAGUUCUAACUGGAUCAGAAGAUCAUGAAA